AUGGGUCUCUUCAACUUCCUAAGGGACGACACCCCACCUCCACUGUACCAGCAUGGCAAGCUUGGCGAACCAGGCUGUCACUUGUCCACCGUACGGCCCAGGAACCCAGAUCCAUCUGGUCGCGAGAGCAGUAACCAUAGGUCUAUCCGAGGAGGUUCAUCCAAGGCGGAAAUAUUUGCAAUGACAUCAUCUUUGCAGGCGCCAAAUAGAAGAAACUCAACGGGCAACGCCCCUGGAUUCGGUUCGGCUCUUGUAGGCUUACAACGUGGCGAUGAAGUCAUUCAGGAAUUCCUGGGACAUAUGAAUGAGAGAAGAAGUGGUCAUCGCUCUGGGGCGUCUGGUAACUUCCCGGGACCUGGAAACCGAGGAAUAAACCCUGGCUUUUUUGGACUGCCUAACCCUAGAAGGACCGGUCGUUCCAGAGAUUCAUUCAUGCAAGGGCCUAUGGGUAUGGGUAGAGAAGGUGGUGGAGGAGGAGGAGGAGGAGGAGGAGGGGUGAGACUUGAUGGCGUUGGAAAUUCGCAUCCCGCUUGGAAUAUGGAUCAUGUAAAUGGAAGUGCUGAUACUGGUAGCCAGAGAAGACGAGGACAGACAGGUGUUUCUGGUGGUAUGGGUGGAUUUGGAGCCAUGAGGGGUAUAGGUUUCGGGGGUGGAGGCAUGGAUGGAUUUGGAGGCACAUGUCGUAGGCAUUGA